AUGUCUGGUUAUCCUCCAUCGAGUCAAGGUUACGGUUACGGCGGAAAUCCACCACCGCCUCAGCCUUACGGAUCAUCCGGCAGUAAUCCUUCACCGUAUGGAUCCACCGGUAACAAUCCUCCACCGUACGGAUCCUCAGCUGCUUCACCGUACGCUGUUCCGUACGGAUCGCAGCCUCCACCGUCCUCCGCACCUUACGGUGCACCACCGUCUGCUCCGUACGCGUCUUCUCCAGGAGACUACAAGCCACAUAAAGACAACAAACCUCACGCUGCUUACGGAUCUCCCGGUGGUUACGGUGCUCAUCCACCGUCUGGAUCUUCGGAGUACGGUGGUUACGGAUCGCAGUCGGGACACGGAGGUUACGGAGCUCCUCCUCCUCCUCAUACUCAGGGUUCUUUUGGAAGCCCGUUUGCGUCUCUUGUACCGUCGGCGUUUCCUCCCGGUACGGAUCCGAACAUCGUGGCUUGCUUCCAGGCCGCGGAUCGGGACGGUAGUGGUUUCAUCGACGACAAGGAGCUUCAAGGGGCUCUCUCUUCGUACAAUCAGAGUUUCAGCUUAAGAACUGUUCACCUACUUAUGUACCUCUUCACCAACAGCAACGUCAGGAAGAUCGGACCAAAAGAGUUUACUUCUCUUUUCUUUAGUCUUCAGAGUUGGAGGUCCAUCUUUGAGAGGUUUGAUAAGGACAGAAGCGGCAGGAUAGAUACAAACGAGCUGAGAGAUGCACUUUUGAGCCUUGGAUUCUCAGUUUCUCCUGUGGUUUUGGAUCUGCUCGUUUCAAAAUACGACAAAACCGGAGGCAGGAAUCGGGCUAUCGAAUAUGACAAUUUCAUCGAGUGCUGUUUGACUGUAAAGGGGCUGACUGAGAAGUUUAAGGAGAAGGAUACGGCGUUAUCAGGAUCAGCUACUUUCAAUUACGAGAACUUCAUGCUCACUGUUCUACCAUUCCUCGUUGCUUAA